UCAACUCUUCUAGCAGCAACCCACCUCUUGAACCCUCUUGUAUUCACUAUCUCAAUGUGUGGUUCUUCUGAAGUGAUUCUCUAUACUUCUGCCCUCUUGACAUUGUUCUAUGCACUUGAACAUCAACACAACACUGCCACCAUGAUGCUGGGACCCCAUGCUCACUGGCAAAUCUACCUGAUCAUAUAUGGGGUUAGCUGUGUCUCUGUGAUUACCUUGCAGCAUAGUGGGAUUUCAUGUAACUACAUCAUCUGGUUGGAAGACAGGCACUUUGUUUCACCCUGCUUAGUGGAGGGACAUAUUAUUAUUCUGGGAGCAAUACACUAUGCUAUGUGGGGAUACCCCUUCCUCUACAAGGCAUAUCUAUAUCAUACAGACCGGCAUGAUCAUCAGCACAACUUUUCUCCUUACUUCUACCUCAUCUACCUCACAUAUUCUAGUUCUAGAGGUAUAUCAACUGACUUAUUAAUCUGGCACCAGCUGCUCCACUCGCUAAUUACGAGUCUUAUACCCUAACUAAUGUUGUCCCUUGGGACUGGCCUCAUCCUUGGCUGACUCUCAUCCAAUCUUCUGUUCAUGUGGUUUGUACAGACAUUCACAUUCAUGCUCUUCAACUGCAUGUGCACAUCCCAAUACUUUAUUUGGUACACCCUCUUCAUACCCCUACUUGUACCUCACACCACCAUUUCAUGGAAAAAGUGGGUGACAUGUGGAAUAGUCUGGAUGGGCAUGCAAGUGCUAUGGCUUGCAGAGGCAUACAAGUUGGAGUCCUCAGUGAUGAUGUGUUCUUUGGGCUUUGGGUCAGGAGUUUGAUUUAUGUCACUGGUCAUGUAUGGGUACUUGGGGUCAUCAUGAGUGCAUAUACACCCUU